UCAGCGGCGGGAAGAAAAAAAAUGAAAUCGGCCAUGUCGCGUUAGGGAAUCACAGAACGGGUGAAUGUGGUUCAGGGAAUAGCUUACCGAUUUGUUAUAUUGGAUUAAAACUAAACUUUGAAAAUUUUGAUAUUUGACCAGUUGUUUUAAAUAUAUUCUGUGGAAGUCGUAAGGUUCGUAAAUUUAGCAGGUAAUCAUGAGCGGAGGAGGGACGCCGUACAUCGGCAGCAAGAUUAGCCUCAUCUCCAAGGCCGAGAUUCGCUAUGAAGGAAUUUUGUACACCAUUGACACUGAAAAUUCGACUGUAGCUCUUGCUAAAGUUCGCUCUUUUGGCACUGAAGACCGGCCCACAGACAGGCCCAUUCCACCUCGAGAAGAAGUCUUUGAGUACAUCAUCUUCAGGGGGAGUGAUAUAAAAGACCUGACAGUUUGUGAGCCCCCUAAAGCCACUAGCAGUCUGCCUCAGGACCCUGCCAUAGUUCAGUCCUCAAUUGGAUCUUCAAAUGCUGCCUCUGCACCAUCAUUCCAGUCUCCUGGGUCCUACGCACCGUUCAGCAGGGCUCCUGUUCCAGCGUACAGUCAGUUUGGGGUUGGGUCCAUUGGACCACAGCAGUUUGCACCUCCUGGAGGGCGUACUAGUCCUCAGCUGGACUCUUUGACAAAAAGUCCCCCCGUGGAGCAGACAGCCCCACCGUCAGCUGCCCCAGGUCCACCUGCACCACUAGUACCGAGGACUCAGACUGGAGCAACAGCCCCCAAACCCACCAGCACUUCCACUGCAAGCCAGAAGCCCCCCGACCUUCUCGAGCAGAAAAAAGCUCCUGAGGUUAAGAAGUUGUCCCAGUCAGAUACUGAACAUGGUGCUGUUGAAAACCGGGAUCCCAACAGACGCCAUCUUGCUGGCUUUCAGCCCACCCGCCGCGGCCGUGGAAGAGGAAGCCGCAGCAGAGGCAAACUAAACAUGCGUAAAGACGGCACCGUGAAGUUUGAAGAAGACUUUGACUUUGAAACGGCCAACGCCCAGUUUCACAAAGAUGAGAUUGACAAAGAGCUGCAAAACAAGCUUAAACUGAAAGAUGACAAACCUGAAAAGGCUGUGAACGGAGAGGAAACUGCUGACUCUGAACAUCCAGCCCCCGAGGGAACGGCUGAGGAAGAGGAGGCCGUGAUAAACACGUGUUACUACGACAAGACCAAGUCCUUCUUUGAUAACCUGUCCUGUGAGGAUCCAAGUAAAUCGGGUGAAGGCAGAUUUCCAAAGGAGCGCAGGCCCACCUGGGCCGAGGAGAGACGAAUGAACGCAGAGACCUUCGGCAUCCCCCUCAGGCACAUCCGAGGAAGAGGAGGGGGGUUCUACCGUGGCCGAGGCUUCAUGGGACCCCGCGGAGGGCGAGGGAGACCGACCAGCCGAGGCUCUUUCGGGCCACCCCGGGGGGCUCCGCCUGGUUUCAGGGGUGGAUACAGAGGAGGCAGAGGAGGACGGGAAUUCUCCGACUACGAAUUCAGGAAGGACAACAAGGUGACUGCGUAGUCCUGCACUGCUGGAUCCUCAGAGUUGUAGCCACUCAUCAUGAAAUCCUUUCAGCUGUAGAAACUUUGUCGUCUCAACGUCGAACAGGAAGAAUGAAGACAUGUUUUUCUGAUACCAGCACCUCUGUGGACUGUUGGACACCAGAGGGGGUGACAGUCCCACUCCCUCUGCUCCAUUUUGAGACUUUUGUUGUUGUUGUCCCCCUCCUUCUCCCCACAGACGUUUUGUUAACUUGUUAGCAGAUGGUGACGACCACGUGUAAAUAUGAAGCUUUGGAGUAAUUCUGUACUUUUUGCAUCAAUCUGAUUCAUUUCUAAAUCUUUGAUAUUGAGCCGUGGGCGCUCCUGUACUGCGAGUGGAUCACUGUCAGUGUGAUCAAUAGCUUUAUUCUGUUUUUUAUCUUUGUUUUAUUUACCUGCUGCACCGUGGGCUGUGCUCUGCCCGGUCUGGUUGCAUUUUGUUUUCUCCCCAACAUUUAUUUGUUUUCAUGGAAGAACUAAGAUUGAAGCCAGCUGAAAGAGUCACAAAUCUGACCUGUUUCUUUGCAAUUAAUGAAUGAAUCAAACUCAUUUUACCAGUUUGUAAACAAUUUAGGAUUGUUAGAUCAAACAUUUCACCUUUAAACCUCCUGCAUUGGAUAAGUUGAGUUCUGCAGCUGGACUUCUGCUGGCACGUUCAUGAAGCAGCCAUGUUGUUUUUGUUUUUUAGUUUUCAUUAUGUGUUUAAUAUUUGACUUCAGCUUUACAAAUAAUUUGUUGACCUAAGUUUUUAUUUUGAGCCGGGUGUGUUUACAUAGCUUUCAAAGUAAAAGGAUUUCCACAAAUUUUCGGCAAAGUUUUGUUUGAUAGUAAAGUCUGUAUCUUUUCAUAGCAAACGAAUGAUCUCCAACAAGGAAUAUUUGACUAAAAAUGCUCCGAUGUUUUGCCAAAAAGAUAAAUUCAUCCAUGUGUACAUUUAAUUCAGACUUUAUUUUUCUUCUUUCUUUGUUUUAAGUCAUCCCUGUGAAUUGUUCUUGUGUUUCAGUGAUUUUUUUUUUUUCAUGUUGAUGCCGUCGGCAUUCACCACUGCAAAAUGAAGCACUUGCAGUUUUUGUAAGUUGAAGAUGGGAUAUUUUUUUUGUUUUAUAAUUGGAUUAAAAUGACUUUAAGCAUGUUAGCUGCAUUUUCUGAUAACUUGUAGCCCUUUUGGAUUGUUUUGUAGCUCCACUUGUUUCAUAGUUGAUGUGAACGUUCUCAGGAGUGAGUUUAUUUUUCUAUCCACUUGUGAGCAAAAGGACAGGAACUGGAUGUGGUGCCAGUAUUUGAGUUGGUUUCUUUUUAUUCAGAUUCAUAUUUCAGACGUGAUUAGGGAGUGCCUUGAGAGUGGCGAUUAUUUUCUGCUCGCACAUCUCUCCCUUUAACUUAAAUGUUACAUUAUGACAGAAGUACGACUAGCACUACAAGUGAAGCUAGACCUUUUUUAUUAUUAUUAUGAUUGGUAACGAAAAWGUAAAGUUUUAAUUGGAUAAACAGCUGUUGACUGCAAAAAGGCCACUCACUAUAAACUGGCUCCUGCUGUAACCAAAAGGAAUAUAUUUGAGGCUAAAUUAUAUUAAUGUUUAUUACUUUUUCAGGUGACUGGACUUGUUUUUCUUGAAUAUCAACUAAAUUGAGUUUUUACAAAAACAAAAUAAAGACUUAUACAAUUU